AUGUUACUACCCGUUACUGCCAUGACCAAUACAACCGGAUAUUGUAACUUACAAGAUAACUUGUGUUACUGUAGACCCGUUACUGCCAAACGUGCUGCUUGCCAUAACGGACAUCAGUGCGCAUGUCCCGAUGGACAAAAUGGUGUAUGUAAUGCACAGGGACACUGUGAAUGCGGAGACCAUCCAGUAGGAAAACGAGCCGAUUGUCAUAACGGGCAUCAGUGCUCCUGUCCCGAUGGACAAAAUGGUGUCUGCAAUUCCCAUGGACACUGUGACUGCGGUGACCAUACAGUCGGAAAGAGAGCUGUCCAUGUUGGUUCUCACUGUGGUCAGAAGUCUGAUUGCGCAGGUCUAGACUGUGCUGGUAAAGAUUAUGAUUGUAUAAACAUGAAAUGCGCAUGUCAUGAGAAUGGCCAUGCCGGUGGUCGUUAAACAGUGCAGCGUCAUCACAACACUGUUGAAUAAAGAUUGUGUAAAACAUG